AUGGACAUCAAGGUUAACAUCGAUGGAGUACUCAGAGAAGUGUGUGGGAUUAAUGAAGGAACAACAUGUGAAGAAGUGAUUUUUAAGCUUGCACAGAUUGCUAGUUUGCCUGGAUUCUAUACUCUGGUUGCCAGCUGCAGAGAUAAAGAAAUUACACUAUCUCCAGAGGAGAAAAUUAUAAAUUUCAUUAAAGAAACUAAAGAAAAUCCAUCUAACAUAUGUUUUAUUCUUCGUCGAUUGGAGGCUGUAUCUCCUUUCUCUCCGAAAAUCCCCAAAGCAUAUCCUCCCAUUCCCAAUCAUCAACCGACAAGUCGGCCUCAUCAACAGUCCUCUCGUAGUUCAUCACGACGUUCUAAUGUUCCAGUGACAUCUGAAAAUAAAGAAUUAUAUUCCUCUACUUCAUCAUCCUUACCGAUUCCAGCUCAGCAAUAUGCUAGCUCUGCAAAGCAAUCAAGAAUUUAUCGUUGUGAUCCUAGUCAUGAACUAAUUCAUUCUACCUUAGUAACCAGUGCUGCUGGUGAAGAAAAAUCAUAUCACGAUGUUGAUCAAUAUAAUCAACUUAAAGAUCAAUUGGCAUAUCAAGAACAACAAGUUGAACUCAAUCGGAUACGGUUGCUUCGAUUAGACAAGGAAAUCAAUCAUUUAGAACAGUCAGCCCGAUUUGGUGGUAAUAACAACAAUAGUAAUAGUAAUAAAGAUGGUUAUUCUACGUUGGAUUUAUUAAGUGGAUCGGCUGUUGGUCCUGUGGCAGAAUUGGCCCAACUAGCAGCUACACCAUGGUCACAAUUAUUAGAUACAAAUCGUGCCAGACAACGUGAAUUAUUAUCAGAAUGUGAACGGCAUAAAAUUGCUAUCGACCAAGUGGAUACUCAUUUAGCUAAAACAAAAAUGAAUUUAUCUCAACUAGAAAAUCAAAUCAGUCAAGAGUUAAAUCAAUUGCUCAAUGAAUUGGAAGGAUAUAAUCAGCAUAGAAGGUUACUACUGAAAUCAGCCGGAAGUAGUAGCUCACACCCUCGUCCUAGAACAACUAUUAAUAAUCCAUCAGAGGUGGCAAGCGAUGGUGUUGCUGUAUAA